CCGUCACUUCCGCCCCGCCGCGGCCCGAACUGACACAAAGUAGCGGGCCGAGGCCCCGGGGGGAGCGGGGCUGCAGCGGGGGCGGGAGCCCGCGGGGAGCCGAGCCAGCGCCCCCGCCCCAGCCCCCGGCAUGGGCCGGCCGGGGCGGCCGCGGCGGGCGCCGAGCGCCGAGCGCUGAGGGUCUCCCAUGGGACUGCUGGGACCUUGCUGGGUGAGAUGGCACUGUGUGCAAAAAAGCGCCCCCCAGAAGAAGAAAGGAGGGCCCGGGCCAACGACCGAGAAUACAAUGAGAAGUUCCAGUAUGCGAGUAACUGCAUCAAGACCUCCAAGUACAAUAUUCUCACCUUCCUGCCUGUCAACCUCUUUGAGCAGUUCCAGGAAGUUGCCAAUACCUACUUCCUGUUCCUUCUUAUUCUGCAGUUGAUCCCCCAGAUCUCGUCCCUGUCCUGGUUCACCACCAUUGUGCCUUUGGUUCUUGUCCUCACCAUCACAGCUGUGAAAGACGCCACUGAUGACUAUUUCCGCCACAAGAGUGAUAACCAGGUGAAUAACCGACAGUCUCAGGUGCUGAUCAAUGGAAUCCUCCAGCAGGAGCAGUGGAUGAACGUCUGUGUUGGUGACAUCAUCAAGCUCGAAAAUAACCAGUUUGUGGCGGCGGACCUCCUCCUCCUCUCCAGCAGCGAGCCUCACGGGCUGUGUUACAUAGAAACAGCAGAACUCGAUGGGGAGACCAACAUGAAAGUGCGCCAGGCGAUCCCCAUCACCUGGGAGCUGGGAGACGUCAGUAAGCUGGCCAAGUUCGACGGCGAGGUGAUCUGCGAGCCCCCCAACAACAAGCUGGACAAGUUCAGCGGCACGCUGUACUGGAAGGAGAGCAAGUUCCCCCUGAGCAACCAGAACAUGCUGCUGCGGGGCUGCGUGCUGCGCAACACCGAGUGGUGCUUCGGGCUGGUCAUCUUCGCGGGUCCUGAUACGAAGCUGAUGCAGAACAGCGGCAGGACGAAGUUCAAGAGAACGAGUAUCGAUCGCCUGAUGAAUACCCUGGUGCUCUGGAUUUUCGGGUUCCUGGUCUGCAUGGGGGUGAUCCUGGCCAUCGGCAAUGCCAUCUGGGAGCACGAGGUCGGGAUGCGCUUCCAGGUCUACCUGCCCUGGGACGAGGCGGUGGACAGUGCCUUCUUCUCUGGCUUCCUCUCCUUCUGGUCCUACAUCAUCAUCCUCAACACCGUCGUGCCCAUCUCGCUCUACGUCAGCGUGGAGGUCAUCCGCCUGGGCCACAGCUACUUCAUCAACUGGGACAAGAAGAUGUUCUGCGCCAAGAAGCGGACGCCGGCCGAGGCCCGCACCACCACGCUGAACGAGGAGCUGGGCCAGGUGGAGUACAUCUUCUCCGACAAGACGGGCACCCUCACCCAGAACAUCAUGGUCUUCAACAAGUGCUCCGUGCACGGCCGCAGCUACGGUGACGUGUUCGAUGUCCUGGGACACAAGGCCGAGGUGGGAGAGAGGCCUGAGCCCGUCGACUUCUCCUUCAACCCUCUGGCCGACCAGAAGUUCUUAUUUUGGGACCCCACCCUCUUGGAAGCCGUUAAGAUGGGGAACCCCCACGUGCACGAGUUCUUCCGCCUCCUCUCGCUGUGCCACACGGUCAUGUCGGAAGAAAAGAGCGAAGGGGAGCUGUUCUACAAGGCCCAGUCCCCGGACGAGGGGGCGCUGGUCACCGCUGCCCGCAACUUCGGUUUCGUGUUCCGCUCCCGCACCCCCAAGACCAUCACUGUCCACGAGCUGGGCACGGCCGUCACCUACCAGCUGCUGGCCAUCCUGGACUUCAACAACAUCCGGAAGCGGAUGUCGGUCAUCGUGCGGAACCCGGAGGGCAAGAUCCGCCUCUACUGCAAAGGGGCGGACACCAUCCUGCUGGACCGGCUCCACCCCUCCGCCCCGGAGCUGCUCGCCAGCACCACGGACCACCUGAAUGAGUACGCCGGGGAGGGGCUGAGGACCCUGGUGCUGGCCUACAAGGACCUGGAUGAAGAGCACUACGAGGAGUGGGCUGACAGGCGGCUGCAGGCCAGCCUGGCCCAGGACAGCCGGGAGGACCGGCUGGCCAGCGUGUACGAGGAGAUCGAGAGCGACAUGACGCUGCUGGGCGCGACGGCCAUCGAGGACAAGCUGCAGCAGGGGGUUCCGGAGACCAUCGCCCUCCUGACGCUGGCCAACAUCAAGAUCUGGGUGCUCACGGGAGACAAGCAAGAGACGGCUGUGAACAUCGGCUACUCCUGCAAGAUGCUGACGGACGACAUGUCCGAGGUGUUCGUGGUCACCGGCCACACUGUCCUGGAGGUGCGGGAGGAGCUCAGGAAGGCGCGGGAGAAGAUGGUGGACCCGUCCCGCACCGUGGGCAACGGCUUCACCUGCCAUGAGAGCCCCUCUUCUCCCAAGCUCACGUCUGUGCUGGAGGCGGCGGUCGCUGGGGAGUAUGCUCUGGUCAUCAACGGGCACAGCCUGGCCCACGCCUUGGAGGCCGACAUGGAGCUGGAGUUUUUGGAGACGGCCUGCGCCUGCAAAGCGGUCAUCUGCUGCCGGGUGACCCCCCUGCAGAAGGCGCAGGUGGUGGAGCUGGUGAAGAAGUACAAGAAGGCUGUGACCCUGGCCAUCGGGGACGGGGCCAACGACGUCAGCAUGAUCAAAACGGCUCACAUCGGGGUGGGCAUCAGCGGGCAAGAAGGCAUCCAGGCGGUCCUCGCCUCCGACUACUCCUUCUCCCAGUUCAAGUUCCUGCAGCGCCUCCUGCUGGUGCACGGGCGCUGGUCCUACCUGCGCAUGUGCAAGUUCCUCUGCUAUUUCUUCUACAAGAACUUUGCUUUCACCAUGGUCCACUUCUGGUUUGGCUUUUUCUGCGGCUUCUCAGCCCAGACUGUCUACGACCAGUAUUUCAUUACCCUUUACAACAUCGUGUAUACCUCCCUCCCAGUCCUGGCCAUGGGGGUCUUCGAUCAGGACGUGCCCGAGCAGCGGAGCAUGGAGUACCCUAAGCUGUACGAGCCGGGCCAGCUGAACCUGCUCUUCAACAAGCGGGAGUUCUUCAUCUGCAUCGCGCAGGGCAUCUACACCUCGGUCCUCCUGUUCUUCGUCCCCUACGGCGUGUUCGCCGAGGCCACCCGGGACGACGGCACCCAGCUGGCCGACUACCAGUCCUUCGCCGUCACCGUGGCCACGUCGCUGGUCAUCGUGGUCAGCGUGCAGAUCGGGCUGGAUACGGGCUACUGGACGGCCAUCAACCACUUCUUCAUCUGGGGCAGCGUGGCUGUGUACUUUGCCAUUCUCUUCGCCAUGCACAGCAAUGGGCUCUUCGACAUGUUUCCCAACCAGUUCCGGUUUGUGGGGAACGCACAGAACACCCUGGCCCAGCCCGCCGUGUGGCUGACCAUCGCGCUCACCACAGUCGUCUGCAUCCUGCCUGUGGUCGCUUUCCGGUUCCUCAAGCUCAGCCUGCGGCCCGACCUCUCCGACACGGUCCGCUACACGCAGCUGGUGCGGAGGAAGCAGAAGGCCCAGCACCGCUGCAUGCGGCGGGUGGGCCGCGCGGGGUCCCGGCGCUCCGGCUACGCCUUCUCCCACCAGGAGGGCUUCGGGGAGCUCAUCAUGUCCGGCAAGAACAUGCGGCUCAGCUCGCUGGCGCUCUCCAGCUUCACCGCGCGCUCCAGCUCCGGCUGGAUCGAGAGCCUGCGCAGGAAGAAGAGCGACGGCGCCGGCAGCCCCGGCGGGGGCGCCGACAAGCCCCUCAAGGGGUGAGGCCGGGCCCUGCGCGCCGUGAGAGCGCCUCCGCGCCAUGAGAGCGCCUGCGCGCCCCUGCCGAUCAGCGCACGGGCCGGCCGGCCGCCAGAGGCCCGGGUCUGAGAGCCGCGGGCCCUUCGCUUGCCUUUCCCGGCGUCUCCCUGGUGGACUCUGCCCUGCGGCCCCAUCAGGAGCGUCUGGGACCUUCCCCGCCGGGGCCUCCCGUAGCUGGGAGGUGGAGGGCACAGGCCUCGAGCAGAGUAGGGGCUUGGCCAUCUGGAACCAGCCCCCGUGGGGGACCAGAUGUGGAACCAAAAACAGAAGAAGAAACUGUGAGACGGGUCUGCCCCCGCUGCCUGGGAACCGCAGGGAGACUCGUCUCUGUAUUUUUCUACUCCCCGUCCCCGGGGCCCCGAGGCCUCAUCCCCAAUCACAUGAGAAUGUAUCACCGGGAAGCCAGAGGCCUGCUGGCCCUCACGUCGGGUAUGUCUCUCCUUGGUUUGUGUUUGUGUCCAGUUUGGUUUUGUCCUUUUUAUUUGGCUUGUGGAGGAGGCCUCUGAGUGACGUCUGUGUUAUGGUCGGUGUCUUAACCCCCCUGGGAAAGAGGAGGCUGGCACCCGCAGGUGCCCACCCCUGGCUGCUGGUAGGUGGCCCUCGGGGGCCGAGGGGCAGUGAGGCGGAUGGGGAUGGCGGUGCCUGUUGGGUGGGGGGGGCAGAGAAUAAAGGAGGGUCUGGUUCCUUCCUCUCCCCCACCGCACACGCAGGUCAGCAGGUCAGCUCCUGGUGUCCGUACGUCCUGCUGGAAUGUGGCCCAGUCAUUCUCUGACCAAAAGCUGGGGGUGAAAUUUAGUCCUGAAAAAAGGUCUUGUUUCGUUUUCGAUGUAGACUCAAGUCCAUUAGCAGGGUCCCUUCGGGCUCCCUCCUCCCUCCUCCUCUGGCCUUCUCCUGCACCUGCACCCCAGGUGGCCCGAAAGGGGAAGCUGGCCUUUGCCUCUUCCUCCUGGUAAACGGGCCCCACCCCCAGCCAGGCCCCUGGGAGGUGGGGGGGGGGGGGGGGUGUGUGUGUGUGUGGAGGCCACACGAUGGUCCAGACGGGCCUGGCAGGAGCCUCAGCAACCUCCUUCCUCUGUUCGUGGAGGAACCUUUCCUCAUCUUGGUGGAGGUCCUCAGGAAGAGUGGGCACUGGGUGUGGGGUACGGGAAUCUGGAACAUUCCAGCGGGUGGAGCCCCCUGGCGCUGUGAGUGGGCUGCGGUGAGGCAGGGCGGGUGGCCUCCGAGGGGGGAGGGAAAGCUGACAGGGAAAGCCCUUGGGGCCACGCAGUUUACAAACCCAACAUCGUCUGUCUGUGCGUCUCGAGGUGAGAGUCUGAUUUUUAUACCAAAGAGGAAACGAUUUUUUUUCAUAUUUGGUUUGUCUAUUAUAUAAAUAUAAAUACAAAUCUAUAUAUAUAUAUGUAUACAGUUAUAUAUUAUUUUUUUGGUUCUCUCUCAUUUUUUAGGGAGGGAGGAAAGUACCAAGUUGCAUUGAACUGUAAUUAAGGAGCAUUCUGUAUAAUUUAUGACACAUUUCUAUACUUGGAAAAAAUUAUAUCAUUUUAUGGAUAUAAGAGAAAGAUGCCUUUUUAUAAAAUCUCAGUUUCUGA